AUGCGCGCCGCGCCCACUGCUUGGGAUCCAGUUGCGUGGGGCCCCCGCUUUGUUUGGGCGUGGUGGGGCCUUGCCGUUUCUUUGUGCCCAACUGCGGCGGGCCGCGUUAGUCGCCAGAGGCCCCAAGGCCCCCGCGUGCCGUGGCCCUACCUGGCUGCCUGCGAUUGUUGCGCGCACCUGCGCGGUAGUUUCUUCGCGAGCCUCCGGCCCCUUUUCCAUCGAGCGCCGGCCACCUCUGUGCCCCUGAAGGCGCGCCCCCUACCAAGUGUUACUGCGGGACCGCGCCGGGAGACGUUUCUCUGCCGUCGCGUUGCUCGGCGGCCCACUGCAAUGUCGCCGUGCCCUGCAGACGAACGCCAGCCGGGACCGGAUGCGCGCGCCUUCGCAAAUUUGCAAGUGUCGCCGCCGUAUUCAAUGACCCUGCUGGAGCGCUGCUGGGGCAACUGCAGCACAAAGCGAAGUGCUGCCGUCGUGUUCGGAGUCGUUAUUCUAUUGUUGCUUUUCGAAGGAUCGAUGAAAAAUCUCACACAGAGUACACUCACAGAAAGGAAAGAUCGGAUCGACCAUCUCGUCAGAACUGAGAGACAAAGUUCGAUGCAGAAAGUUCCAGAAUGA